AUGUUCCACUCUCUUCGCACUGUGCGCUCCCCUUCGCUUCAAUUGGCCAGAUCGUUGUCCCAUCGGCAGAUUCUCGACCCCAAUUAUGUGAUGCCGGAUGGGAGAGUGUUGUCGAUUCAGCGUGCCGAGGAAUCGGAUCUCGAUUUGCUCUUCAAAUUCUUCAAGGAGAACUUUUCGGUUCAAGAGCCGCUUUCCCGUUAUUUGGGCGUAAAAUACGAGGAUUUCGGCGACUUAUUUUACUGUCCCAUCUUCAAAGCGGCCCUCCAAUCUGGACUGACGACUGUCGCGUACAAUGGGGAUCAAAUGGUGGGGGGAUCGACGGUCACGGUGAACGACGUCACCAAGGAAAAGGUCGAUUUUGGAAAAACCGAGUUUGGAGAAGGUAAGAAAAGACUGUAGAAACAUCUAAACAUCAUUGUUAGGACGCAUAUAGGUCUGAAAAAAGUUUUGACAUGAAGAAAAUCGAAUUUUAGCCCAAUCUUAACCUAAAAAAGCCGAAAUAUCCGAGUUUCUGACAAAAAAGUAUCAAAAUGUCUCCAAAUCAACUAAAAUUUAUUUCGGAUUUUGAUGCAAAAUUAAUAUAUGAUUUUCUCAAGAGGUUUUAAAAAUUUCUUCUGUCUUUCGAAACCGUAUUUUAACCUAAUUUUAACCUAAAAAGCCGAAAAUUCCGGGUUUCUGGCCAAAAAGUAUCAAAAUGUCUCAAAAUUAACGAAAAUUUUUUAAUGGAUUUGAUGCAAAAAUAAUGGAAAAUUGUUUUCAGAGGUUUUCAAAAGUUCUUCUUUCCUUAGAGAUCGUAUUUUACUUUCGUUUUGGCCAAAAAAGCCGGAAAUUCCGGGUUUCUGGCCAAAAAGUAUCAAAAUGUCUCAAAAUUAACGAAAAAUUUUUUCGGAUUUGAUGCAAAAAUAAUGGAAAAUUGUUUUCAGAGGUUUUCAAAAGUUCUUCUUUCCUUAGAGAUCGUAUUUUACUUUCGUUUUGGCCAAAAAAGCCGAAAAAUCCGGGUUUCUGGCCAAAAAGUAUCAAAAUGUCUCAAAAUUACCAAAUAUUUUUCCAGACUUUGAUGCAAAAAUAAUGGACGGCUGUCCCUAGAGGCUUUAAAAAUUUUUUAUGAUCUUAGACAUCGUAUUUUACCUUCCUUUUGUUCAAAAAAGUCUAAAAAAUCUGGGUUUCCGCCCAAAAAGUAUCAAAAUAUCUCAAAAUUACCGAAAAAUUUUACAGAUUUCGGUGCAAAAAAUAUGGAACAUUGUCUUCAGAGUUUUAGAAAAACUUUCUGUCGUUAGAAAUCGUAUCUUAGACCAGUUUUGGCCAAAAAUCCAAAAAUAUCCAAGUUUGUGACAAAAAAGUAUCAAAAGGUCCCAAAAUUACCAAAUAUAUUUUUUAGAUUUCUAUACGAAUAUAAAGAAAGAUUGUCUGCAGGGGUUUCAAAGUUGUUUUCACUCCUAGAUAUCGUAUUUUACCCUUUUUUUGGCCUAAAAAUCUUCAAAAAUCACUAUUUUUCGUUGAAAAGUAUCAAAAUGUCUCCAAAAUACCAAAAAUUUUUCCAGAUUUCAAUGCCAAUAUAAAGGACGAUUGUCUUCUGAGAUUUUAAAAUUUCUUCCUCUCCUUAAACACCGCAUCUUAGCCUCGUUUUGGCCAAAAAACCAAAAAAUCACUGUUUUUCGUCAAAAAGUAUCAAAAUGUCUCCAAAAUACCAAAAAUUUUUCCAGAUUUCGACGAGAAUAUGAAGAAAUAUGGGAUUACCCGUCAAACCAGUUACAUUUUCACCCUUCUUUCCCAUGCUGAAGCGAUUUCUGCCUCUCUUUUACCGCCAAAUGUGGACAAACUUUGUCGAAUCGAGACAGUCAGCGUUUGUCUUGGAUAUCGAGGGUAAGAAAAGGUCAUUUCCGAGAUUUUUAGAGCCCAAAAUAUCGUAUAUUGAACAAAAAUACCCCAAAAAAUAUGAAAUUUUGCUUUCAGAUGCGAUAUUUCCCGAAAGUUGGCGAUUGAAUCGUCGAAAUUGGCGAUAGAUCAAGGUCUGCAGGUCAUGGAUUCCAUAUGCACCGCCGCCGCGUCCACCAGGGUCAUGCAUAAUGUAAGUUGCGGCUUUUUCCCGAAAAGUUUGGUAAAUCGCACAGUGCAGAAAUAUUUUUUCGGUUUGCACAGUGCGAUCAACCGAGUUUGCGACAAAGCACAGUGCAAAAGGAGAAAAGACAAAAUUUUGCACAGUGCAGCAACAAAAAUUGUUUUUUGCACAGUGCAAGGAAAUUUGUGCGACGCGAUGACAAAGAAAUGCUUGCACAGUGCGAUCAACCGAGUUUGCGACAACGCACAGUGCAAAAACAGAAAAGACAAAUUUUCGCACAGUGCAAAACAAGAAAAAGCAAUUUUUGCACAGUGCAAGGAAAUCCGUUUCUGAAGAGCAACUUCGCUAAAUUUCUGAUCGCAUUUUUUUUGCACUGUGCGAAAAACUGUUUUUUUCGCUGCACUGUGCGAAAAUUUUUAUUUUCUGGUUUUGCACGGUGCGAUCGAAAAUUUAGCGACAUUGCACGGUGCAGGAACUGAUUUUUCUUGCACAGUGCAAAAAAUUUUUUCGUGUUUUGCACAGUGCGACAAACCGGGUUGCGAUACUAGACGGGCCAAAAAGUCUAGACAUGUCUGCACAGUGCGCCGUCGUGCAUGAAAUUUGUCGCGCGGCGACAAGAAAAUUUCACGGUGCAAUGCGACACCGCACAGUGCAAAAAGAUUGUUUUGAAAAAGGGUAAACAACGCACAGUGCGCUCUUCAUUCGCACCCCGCCAAAUUUUUAUCGCGCGACAUCUCGUCGCGUCGCCGAAUUCAUGCGCCCGCACGGUGCGAAAACGUGUCAAGACUUUUUGGCCCGCCUAGUACCGCACCGUGCAAAAUGAGAGAAGGCCAAUUUUGGCAGAGUGCGGCGACAAAAAACAGCUUUUUGCACCGUGCAAGCAAGAAGACGCACAGUGCGAUAAAAGGCUUGGCGAUAUUGCACGGUGCAGAAAAUUGAGUUCUUCUUGUACCGUGCAAAAAUUGUGUUUUUUUAACACAGUGAAAAGUUAAUAUAACUUUUAUUUUCAGCUCGGUUUGGCCAACAAAUUCCCAGUUUUGUACCAAAACAUUACCGAUCACGGCCGACAUAUUGUUCCAAGCCCUUUGGAAGACAACAACACUUCUUGCAACGUCAUGCAAGGGCCAAUGGAACACAUCGCCAAACUCCAAGCACCAAGACCGGAGAAAAUUAAAGAGGUUUUGAAGCAGCAGAAAUGA